AUGAGCCUCACUGACAUCCUUAGCCCUUCUGAUAUUGCAGCUGCCCUUAGGGACUGCCAAGCCCCCGAUUCCUUCAGCCACAAAAAAUUCUUUCAGAUCAGCGGAAUGUCCAAAAAGAGCAGCAGUCAGAUCAAGGAUAUCUUCCGGCUCUUAGACAAUGAUCAAAGCGGCUUUAUUGAGGAAGAUGAGCUCAAGUAUUUCCUCCAGCGGUUUGAGUACGGAGCCAGAGUAUUAACUACUUCAGAAACCAAGACUUUUUUGGCAGCUGCAGAUCAUGAUGGGGAUGGCAAAAUUGGGGUUGAAGAAUUCCAGGAAAUGGUGCACUCCUGAAGGACUGAAGGCAACAGAGAAAGAAACAGAAAGGGAAGGGGGGAUGAAUCUGCAGGAG